AUGAACCGCAGCACAACACUGCGCGCAAUGCGCGUUCCGGCUUCGCGCCUUUGCGCAAGCUCCGUCCACUCAACCUUCCUCCUCUCCGCCAUCGCGAAAACAGCGACCCCCUACCGCCGCCUGGCGAGCUCCGUCGCGACCGAACCCACCUCUCCUCCCUCGCCGCCCGUCCCGAGCGCAAAAGUCAACCCCCCCGCCUCGACGCGCCCGGCGCCCCUGGACCUCCCCGAGCGCAAGCCCGACUCCUCCAAGAUUGGCCACCUCUUCCAGACGGGCAAGGCCUAUAUCAAGUUCUACAAGACGGGCCUCAAGGCCGUUUUCUCCAACCGGCGCCUGAUACAAAACGUCAUCACCGAAAAGAGCGCCUCCGUCGAGGGGUUCCGUUCGCCCUCCGUCUUCACGCCCGGCGUCAUCCCCCAGGGGUUCUCGCGCGCUGACUGGAUGCUCCUCUGGCGCGUGCGCCAUGACAUCCUCCGCGUCCCGCUCUUUGGUCUGGUCCUCCUUAUUUGUGGGGAGUUCACCCCGCUCAUCGUCAUCUUCGUCGACGGUGUCGUGCCCUACACAUGCCGCCUGCCGCAGCAGGUCGAGUCCAGCUUCAAGCAGGCCGAGGAGCGCCGUAAGACGUCGUUCCUCGAGUUUGAGAAGGCUGCGCCGCAGGGCGUCGCGUCAGGGACGGCACAGGCGGCGGCCAGGAAGCAUGUGCUCCGCAGCCUGCACGUGCCGGGCAUGAUGUGGGAGAAGCUCGGCUUCUUCCCGCCGGGGCUAUGGGCGACCAAGGGCCGGCUGCGGAUGGCGUUCCUGGAGGGAGAUGAUCGACUUCUGGCGCGCGAUGGCGGUGCUGCUGGGUUGGAGGAGCAGGAAGUGCGCACUGCGUGUAUGGAGCGCGGCAUCGAUUGCAUUGGGCGGGAGGAUACAGAGUUGAGGCAGCUGCUUGACCAGUGGCUGCGUCUAGUUGAUGCAGAGGAGACAGGUGAGCGGAGGAAACGCAUGACGGUUAUGUUGACCACAAGGACUGAGAACUGGCCAAAGGACAGAGACUUUGAGCUCCCCAUGUGGCACCUCUGA